AGAUCGCGAUUGCUUUUGUCAGCUGCUGCUGCUGCUGCUGCAACGUCGAAUCAUCGUCGGCUAUUGUGCGGGGGGGGAGGGUGAGAAUCGUCCAAAAAUCGCCGUUUCAUCGGCGACGCGGCGAUAAAUAAUAACAACAAUAACGGUCGUCAAGUAAAGUUCAAUUGGGAACGAUAAGGUGAUUAUUCCGCGACGGAGUUGACAUCAGGUACGAGCGUAUGAAAUCGUUGCGUCGCGAUUCGACCAUACGGAGUAACAACAAUAUGGCGUCGAACAAAUCUCAUUCGCUGCGGCCGCCGAACAAAAGACUGACGAAAAAAAGUUGCGUGGAGCCGGAAGUGUCUCGGGUCGGUCGGUCGGAAAAUAAUUGACGGGGAGUUUUUCGAUGUUUCAAAAGGCGUCGUUGUCGCGAAUAAUAACGCAAAAGAGCGACGGUGUUGCGUCACCGUGCAAUUAAAUGAGGGGGCGGUUGGCGAACGCCGCGAAAGCCGCGAAGAUGACGGACGACGAUACGAACCCCGAGAUUGACCAUUGCGUAUCGCGACUUUAGGCCAACGCUUGGGAGAGAUGAUAUAUCAUUGCCCAAUACGCUCAUCUGCUAAAACGAACGGACACGUAUGUACGUAUACGUACGACGAACGGCGAACGUUGCACAGGAUUUACACGCAUCGUAAGAUGGCGUCAUCGUUAGAGAAGACGCGCGAUAAGAGCGAUUUGUCCUCUACCGUGUGAAAAAUCGAGCCAAUUCGGGGAAUCGCUCUAUAUAUUGUACACACGUUGCAAAAUGCGUAACGCGGGAAACAUAUGUGUACGCCGAUUGCGUGUCGAUCCCGCCGUAUUGUAUAUAUACAUAUGUAAACAAUUUGAAUAAGUUGUACAUAAAAAUCAUCGUUUAGAUUAGAUAAUUAUUUUCGAAAUUCUUUCUUCGUUGAUAAAAAUAAAAGAAAAAAAAAAAAAACAAAGUCAUCGCCGAUAGCGGUUCGUGUGGCGAAAUUACGUUGUAACGAGUCAACAGACUGCGUGUACAAAAAACAAAAUAGUGCACGCAACACGCACCGGACUUCGAGUGGUCACGUGUAACGUACGACGCCGCGUACGCCUCUUAUCUUCUCUGUCCGUUGAUUGUUUUAAACUUGCGAAAAAGAAAAAAGGAAGAAGGAGAAAAAAAAAUCAACUUCGAAGUUAUUGCCCUAUAAAUCAUCGCGUCUGCAACGCGCUGCGUUGUAAUUAUGAAAUAACAUCGAAUGAAAAAAAAGAAUAUCGCGCGAAUCGGAUUCAUCGUCAACGCCGGGAUACCGCCGAUGAUCUCAACGAUUGUAUAUAAUGUAUGAGGCCAGAGCCAAUUGGAACGUUGAAUCGUUAUUUAAAAUUCUAAGCUCACAUCCCGGAAACUCGUCACCAUACGGGGGGGGGGGGGAAGUAGGGGGCUGUUUUCCCGUCAACUUCCGUCUCCAGAUAUUCCGUUCCUGCAUCUUUUCCAGUUGUGCGAUAAUACCCACCUACUACUACACCACACAUGCAACGUGUACACGCCACGUGUAAACCGGACUCGGUACAGUCAGCGAAAAAAAAAAAACUGUCGAGUGCAUUCGGCGCUUGAUGCUCAAACUUUCUUUCACGCAUACCUUGUACUAACGGCUGGAAAAGAAACAAUUGUCAUUCAUUAUCGUGACAAUUGACGGAUCGUUAUCGGCGUAACCGACAUUGUUAUCGACGUCAGAUAUGGAAACAAUUAGCGCAUCACGAUGAAUUUACGCGUUGCGUAUACGGACGAUUCCAUGCGAACGCAACGGAGAUCCGAGUCGGCGAUAGGUGAACGCGUAUACACGCUCGUAAUCGAAUAAUUGUAUCACAUCAAUGUGCAACAACGAUUCGAGGAUGUAAUUUACGUUGUACACUUAGCGCGUCGACUGUACUUAUACCGUUGCAUCGCGUCUGGCAACCGUCUACGAUAUACAAUAUUCUCAAACGAACACACCGACAAAACUCCUCGAUAGGCAUUCCCAAUAACGAAGCGAAUCUCGACGAGGAGGCUGCCUUCAUCGUCCUCUCGAACGAAUUGUGUACCUUCUUUCUAUUUCUUCGUAAUUAUCGCGCCCAAUACUCGGUAACAACGCGGCGACCUUACGCGCCGAUGAAUAGCAGAAAAACAAAUCGUUUAUGAUCCAUCGGUAAUCCACGUGACGUCAUAGAAACGCCUCGCUCGCACAGUUCCCAACGUUUAUUGGGUCUCCAUCGUCUGCCAGCUGAUUCCCUCUCGUCCCAGGAAAUGCCUUAUUUGUGCUCCACGGUACACGGCGACCUUUGGGCUCGCUUUACUUUACCGGGGUGUUGAGAAAUAUCUGGCAAUAGUUAUGAUGACACCCUUGCCCGAUUAUUGUGUCAUUUUGUUCGUGUGUGUACGUCCGCGUACGUGUCCUGUUCGUAUGGGUAUCCUAUGUACUACGUCCAUAUAUGUAUACAUGUACACGUGUGAUAUCAGCCAUGUAACUGCGUGUGUGUGUGUACGUAAAUGUUUAUCUGUACAGCUGUUGGUGCACAUGACUAAUAAAACGCGGCGAACGUGAUAUUCGUCAAUAUACACAAUAGAUACGGUAGUUUAUAUAUAUAUAUAUGUACGAUUGUAUCAAUGUACUAAUAUUGCACAACAUAGUAACCAUACAUACUACGGUAAAAUUACGGGGCGAAAUCCGAAAUAUUCAUUCGUGUAUGAUAUGUAUUAUAUACAUUGUAACGAAAAAUUGCUGCGUCGCUUCUUAGCUCUUGAUUUUAUAUCGCGUUUCGAUUUGACGUAAUUAGACGCUAGGAAUGAAUAUGUACGCGUGCUCGUGUACUUGGAAACUCUCGAGGAAGUAGAUACGUAUAUAUAUAUAUAUAUAUCGAUGUUCGAAACAUUGCAAAAUAUUGCCUCUAGUUUGAAAUUCUCACAACUCGCGCGUCGUCGUCGCGCUCGUUCUUUUGUUUUUUUUUUCUUUUUUGUUUUUGUUUUUGUUUCAAAUGAGGUAUCUACUUCCGCCUCGGCUAUUGUCGAAUGGAAGAAAAUCUGAAAAGGAUAAAACGGAAACGCGUAGUGUAAAGAAAUAUAUAGUAUAUCUGUAUAUAUACACAAAUACAAUAAUGCUACAAGCAUUUCCGCCUUUUCAUUAUUAUUAUAAUCGGGAUUAUACGCGCGGAAAAAUAAAGCGAAUAAUAAUAAAUCCCGUGCCUAUACGGAGGUACGUACGUUAUACAUAAAGAACGGAAGGGUAAAUAUUUUCCGGAUAUAUUUUCAAUACGCCGGCUUUAAGCCGCGGGUCAAAUACCUGGGUAAUAAUAGAGGAGUUUGUAGGACAAAACCGUAAGAUGCAGCUGCUGUUUCCUUCGUUCGCUACGCGCCUUUGUUGAAAUCAUGUCCGGUAUUAAGAUCUUUCGGGGUUUGCGGAGGUUCUUAGAGCUCAGAGUCGCCGGACCCGAGACUCCACAGUUGACGUCGGGCGUUUCGGUAAAUAUGAAACGUCCCCAAAAACCCCAAAAUCGGCAACCGGAUAUGCGUAGACAGGAAGAAUUUUCUCGCAAAAAACGUUUGCGAGUUAGUUAUAUGAGAGGGGAAAAAAAGUGAAAUUUCUCUGCGUGCGGUCCGGAAAAACGACAAGGUCGUUCGAAAUUUACGACCAGCUAGACACGACGGAAAUGUAGGCAUAUAUUGGGGAAUUAUCAGUCGACGAACCGAUUAGACGAGUUUUUAGUUUUUUCAAUCUGACGUGACGACGUGGCUGACGGAAUUCAUUUUGUACACUCAUUUCGUUGUUACCGUAAUCCUCGUGUCUUUGUCUAGAUUUGUCCUAAGCUCGAACCGCUACGAGAGGAUUUAGGAAAAUAUGUCUGUAACGUCACGGUCACCGCCCACCUGGCACGAGUUCAUUCUCUUUAAAGUUUAGCAGCGGGAGGUUUGGGUGCAGGUCGAUUUUCGAAACAGCUGCUGCAGUCGGAAUAUACAUGUAUGUAUGUAUGUAACUAUAGUGUAAGACAUCCAUCGUCGACACUUCUGAGCGUAUAAAAGGUAAAAAUAGACAUUCCCUUUUUUCCUGCAACCAGAAGAUCGGAGACUUGUAAUAGAGUGUUGUUGUCUCUUUUCCUUUUUUCUGUUUUUUUUUUUUUUUUUCUUUUUUGUUGAUUUCAAUUCAAUUUUAUCACCUCGUAAUUUCAAUAGGCCAAGUUUCAGAAGCCUUGACUCAAUUGCGUAGGUAUACAUGAGAAUAUUAUACGUGUAUAUAGUUUGAAAAAAUGAAAGACUAGGUAGCGACCGUUCAACUGUUGCAAUAAAUGAUCUCCUCAUCUAAUUGAUUGAGAAACGGCGAGUCGCGGUCGCGAUCGAGAGAGCCCUUGCAGAAAAAAGGGAAGACAACCGAGAAGGAAUGAAUGAAAAAUUGAAGAGGCAAGAAGCAUCUGCUUCGAGUACAUUCGUAUCGUGUACCGUCUGAAAGUACACCUUGUACAUUACGGACACAAUGAGCGUCAUUGAUUCGUGGGAUUACUUGUUAAACUUUUUUGGUCCGACCGAACAGCGUGUCCCCGAAGUUGGUGAAUCGAAGGCUGUGACUAUCUGGGUCGCGGACACCGCGAAUUAUCUCAAUCCUUCCGUUCGCGGUCUCGACCGUGCCGCGUUUAACGUCGAUUGCACGCUCUUGGCAAAUCUCUGGGUGAGCGGUUUUUUUCUUUCCAUUUCUUAUUUGUUUCUUUUUUUUUUCAAUGACACGUAUGUGGGCGGCGGGUAGGUGGGCAAUACGACGCUCGAUCUGACUUCGAUACUUUUUGUGCAGUACGUAUCCAUAUCAGCGCUCUCCGUUUGAACGUGACACGGCCGACCUGCGAGGCCCUGAACAAAGUCGUUAUUCAGCGGACCAGGGGGCACCACGUUGCCGUGCACACGGGAUGACUCGAACCACGUGAUUUGCACGUUCUUCGAUUGUAAACAGAGCAGCUGCGCCGCCACUGCGCGUUGGAGGGAGCAGGUAGCCAGUAGAUUUCGCGUCGUUUCAUCUUUUCAUCCGUAAGCAUACCUAGGAUAGAUAGAGUGCGACGGAGCGAUCCGCCGGACCGGAGGAAUGAUAUGUAUCAAAGGAAUAAUUAACACAAUUGUACCGGUCGUUGUCGUUUAAUGGCAAUUAGAACGAAGCGAAAAAAAGGAUGUCUGAGAAGGAAUUAGAAGAGGAAAUAGGAGUUGCAAUUAGCGGCGGAGCGGAAGCGAAUAACCGGGUGAAAAAUGAAACGGAUCCGGGCGCGUGCAGGCACGGAAACUUCAUGAAUUAUUACCAAUUUCACUUGGUGGAGGAACGGCUGCAACAACUUCCGCAGAGCGUAUGGCACGCGGAGCCGACCGAGCGGAAAUACGUAGGCAUGGAUGUCGGCUGCAACGCGGGGAAUCUGACCCUCGCCCUGUACGAUUUUUUGAAGAAAAACGUCGACGCUCCAGGAGAUGUGGAGAUUUCCUUGCUGGGGAUCGAUUUGGAUCCGGUUUUGAUAGAACGAGCUAAAGAAGCGAAUAAUUUCCCUGCAGAUAAGCGUCGCAACGUGAUUUAUAGCUGCGUAGAUUUUAUGUCUGAACCGGAUAGGAAAAUUGCGGUGGAUCGAUUUCUGUCGGAAAACAAGAGAGACUAUUUCGACGUGGUUUUUUGUUUUUCAAUCACGAUGUGGGUACACUUAAACCAUGGAGAUUCGGGUCUUGUCGACUUCCUGAAAUCCGUUUGCGAGAAAACUAAAAUAAUCGUGGUGGAACCACAGCCCUGGAAAUGUUACAGAAAUGCAUCGAGGAGGUUGAGGCGAGCGAAUCUUCCGGAUUUUCAGAGUAUAAAUUCUCUCCGAUACAACGGCGAUGUGGAAACCCACGUGGGAAAUAUAUUGAGAGAUCAAUGCGGGUUUGAAAGGGUCAUUGAAACGGGUGGCAACGAAUGGGGCAGGAUAUUGUUAAUUUAUAAACGCAAAGAAUCUGCGGAUAAAAUUUGUCAAGACAGAUGAGCGAAAUAAACUGCUUUUCAGAAAA